AAUUCACAAGAGGGCCAAUCAAACAAUCUCCAAAGGGAUGAUGGAUCGUAAUGUCAGAUUGAGCCGUUGAUGCCUUUUCUUUCUAUGUACUGCACUUCACCAUAGUCUGGCAAAUGAGCUCUGAAAAGUUUGGUUUCAGAAGCAACACUGGAGAUACUGUAUUUACGGGUCUACUUGCAGCUUCUAGUGGACAUGAACUCAGACAUUUGUCGGGGACUACUUCUGCUAGGGCCAGAAGGAUGAGCACGGAAGAGAGGAAUCUUGUUUUGUUAAAGAGGAAGUUGAGGAACAGAGCUUCUGCUGUUCGAUCACGGAAACGUCGUUUGGCAAUCAUUGAACAGUUAUAUGCUCAGCUGAUCGAACUAUCACUUUUGGCUUCACGACUGGAAGAAAGAUUGAGAGCCCUUGAGUUGGGGAGACUUAGGAUGGAGUCUUUUGCAAACCAUUCUUCGGAGGUUGGUGAGAGUGAGUAUUGGGAGGAAUCAGUACCAUUUCAAGAGGAGUUUUAUAUGGGAGAACCCGUGGUACUGCUGUUUGACUCCUCUCCUUUAUUAGCAAAAUCUUUUGCCGAUUGGUCGGUGUCUCCUAGCGACUUGGAACUGGAAAACUAUUUUAGUUUAGAUCUCAAUUAUCCUAAUAAUAGCAUAUGAAUGGUGACGUAUCUCUUUACUUUGCAAAUGGAAAUGUUCUAAAGUAUACGAUUGGCAUAAAGCUUUAUAACAACCAUUGUGUUUCAGCUUU